AUGGCGUGGCAACCUCAGGAGGAGCAGCUAGUGCAGCUCGCUGGAUUUUUACGGGAUUCCCUAAACGUCCAAAACCAGACCGUCUUCAAGCAUGCAGCAUCGAUGUUGGCCCAAGCCAAGGAGUCUCCCGAUAUCAACAAUUACCUCACAUAUCUUGUCGCCCAAACGGACGUACCGGCUGCUCUAAAGAUUACGAUAAAAGAGGCACAGCUCAUAAAGAGCACCGCUGCAAUUAUGCUGAAGAACAACGUUCGGUUCUCUUACGACCAGAUCGCCGAGCCCAGUAGAGCAUACAUUCGCUCAUGCAUAUUGCUUGCCCUGGAAGACCCAAAUGCGCAAAUAAGAAGUCUGUCGGGUAACGUUGUCACAGAACUUGUCCGUCAAGGAGGAAUUCUUGGCUGGCCCCAGCUGCUCCCGCAAUUGAUGGCACUUGUCAGUAACGACAGCGGAAGUACUUCUCUUGAGACACAGGAGGGAGCCAUGAGCGCAUUAUACAAGAUAUGCGAAGAUAACGCGCGAGCACUCGACAAGGAUUACCAGGGCGAACGACCUCUGAACUUUUUGAUCCCGAAACUGCUCGAAUUUACGACGCACGCAUCUGCACGCGUUCGAGGCCAGGCGCUCUCAUGUAUCAACAUCUUCAUCCCGCAUAAGCCGCAGGCAUUAUUGGUGGUUAUCGAUGCUUUUCUACUCCAGCUCUUCCAGCUGGCUCAUGAUACUAGCGCCGAAGUUCGCAGGAACGUUUGUCGAGCCUUUGUCCUCUUGGUUGAUGUUCGACCAGACAAGCUGAAGCCCCAUAUGGAUGGCCUAAUUGAGUACACGGUCUCACAACAGCGUAUAAUAGAGGAUUCGGAUCUUGCGCUGGAUGCAGCCGAAUUUUGGUUGUGCGUCGGAGAGCAUGAGGCGCUGGCGGCAGAUUUAGGUCGACAUCUCGCCUUGAUCGUACCUGUACUCCUAGAGUGCAUGGUAUACAGUGAAGAUGAUAUAAUACGACUUGGUGGCGAAGGUGAUGAUGCUGAGGAAGAAGAUCGGGAAGAGGAUAUUAAACCCCAGUUUGCGAAGACAAAACUAGCAAGAAAUGCGCCGACGAAGGCAGAUGGCUCAGGCGCGGAUGCUUCUGGCGACGCACUUGAUGAAGACGAUUUGAGCGAGGGAGAAAUCGACGACGAUGACGAUGACGACGAUGACGGCGGUGAUCCGGAGGACCAGUGGAACCUCCGCAAGUGCUCUGCUGCGGCUUUGGAUGUCCUUGCCUCUGUCUUCCAUCGUCCGGUCUUUGAGAUCACGUUGCCUUACCUCAAGGAGAAUCUGCAACACGCUGAGUGGCCUAGACGCGAAGCAGCGGUUCUUGCGUUGGGAGCUGUCGCGGAGGGCUGCAUGUCAGCUGUAAAGCCACAUCUGCCCGACCUUGUUCCCUAUCUGAUUUCUCUCUUGAAUGAUCAAGAACCCGUGGUCAGACAAAUCACUUGCUGGACACUUGGACGUUAUUCGGCUUGGGCAUCCCACCUCAAGGACCCCGCCGAGAAAGCACAAUUCUUCGAACCGAUGAUGGUAGGAUUGCUGCACAAGAUGCUUGACAACAACAAACGCGUGCAAGAAGCAGGAGCCUCAGCAUUUGCAAGUCUCGAAGAAAAGGCUAAAAGCCAACUGACCCCUUACUGUCAGCCCAUUAUCCAACAGUUCAUCCGGUGCUUUGGCAAGUAUAAGGACAGGAAUAUGUUCAUCCUGUAUGAUUGUGUACAGACGCUUGCUGAGCACAUUGGGCCUGGCUUGGCCGCGCCGGGGUUAGUAGACUUACUCAUGCCGGCACUGAUUGAUCGCUGGAACCGCGUCACUGAUCAAUCGAGAGAACUCUUCCCUCUGCUUGAGUGUCUCUCUUAUGUCGCGAUUGCCUUGGGCAAGGCUUUUGCACCAUUUUCGGGCCCUAUUUUUACGCGGUGCAUAAAAGUUGUCCACACAACUCUCGAAGAGUAUGUCAUGGCGGCCGGCAACGGCCACGAAGGUGUAGACCUACCAGACAAGGAUUUCCUUAUCACAAGUCUCGACUUGCUCAGCUCUAUCAUCCAGGCUCUGGAUGAUGCAGAUGGUCUCGAGCUGGUGAAAACGUCUAAACCAAAUCUCUUCCAGCUCCUCGCUUACGCUUUGGACGACCCGGCAAACGAGGUACGGCAAUCCGGAUAUGCCCUGCUGGGCGACUGCGCGAUAUAUGUCUUCCCUGAGCUUGAGCCGUUCCUGGCUACCAUUCUUCCCAUUCUCAGCGGGCAGCUUGACUUGGACAAGAUCAGCUUUGAUGAAGUCGACGCCAGCUUUGCUGUGCUCAACAAUGCGUGCUGGUCCUGCGGAGAGGUCGCGACCAAAUACGGACCCGAGGGCAUGGGCCCCUUUCUCGACAUCCUCUACGAACGCCUCGUCACCAUCAUGACCAAUCCUGAACUUCCCGACUCUCUUGUCGAGAACGCUGCCAUCGCGAUUGGUCGUCUAGGUAUACUGUCGGCGCCAGCUCUAGCUCCGCAUGUUGCAGAGCUGGUGGGUCCUUUCCUCGAACAGAUGGAGAAGGUCGAGUUUACGGACGAAAAGGCAGAUGCUUUCCGGGGAUUCACUCGGAUAGUUGCGUUAAAUGCUGCUGCUAUUGAACAGCAUCUGAUCAAAUAUUUCACCGUCAUUGCCCGAUACCCCGCUGUUCAUCAGCAGGAUGGGGUGCUUUUCGACCAUUUCAAAGCUAUUCUUGAUCUGUACCGCUCAAUGAUACCCGACUUUGACACCUUUGUCGGCUCCAAUAUGGCCCCGUCUGACCGCCAAAUCCUACAGAACUUGUACGGAGUGUAA